AUGCGUUUCGUUCCUAUUCUCGUCGCCUCUUUGGCAAGUCUCUCUCUGGCUGCCCCAGCACCUGCUAAGCGCCAGGAGCCCAGCUCCGAUCCGCUCAGCUUGGGUCCAACCGUCGAAGACCUCACAAAUCAAGUGAGCGGCCUCGUUGGCUCUAUCCUCAAACGUCAGGAGCCCAGCUCCGACCCCCUUAGCCUGGGUCCAACUGUCGAAGACCUCACAAAUCAAGUGAGCGGCCUCGUUGGUUCCAUCCUAAAACGCCAGGAGCCCAGUUCCGACCCCCUUAGCCUGGGUCCAACUGUCGAAGACCUCACAAACCAAGUGAGCGGCCUCGUUGGUUCCAUCCUAAAACGCCAGGAGCCCAGUUCCGACCCCCUUAGCCUGGGUCCAACCGUCAAAGACCUCACAAACCAAGUGAGCGGCCUCGUUGGUUCCAUCCUAAAACGCCAGGAGCCCAGUUCCGACCCCCUUAGCCUGGGUCCAACCGUCAAAGACCUCACAAACCAAGUGAGCGGCCUCGUCGGCUCAAUUCUCAAGCGUCAGGAGCCCAGCUCCGAUCCGCUGAGCCUUGGUCCCACCGUGGAGGACGUCACGAACCAAGUCACUGGCCUCCUGGGGGCAGAGGCCCCGUCUUCCAACUAA